AUGGCUCUAUACGACGUUUUCUCUACUUCCUUGACUGAUCCUCUUCAUCUGACUCUGGGCAUCCUGUCCAUCUCCCUCCCCUUACUUUGGUAUCUGCGACGAGGCAAGCAGACUCAGGAGCAAGCUCAGAGCAAUGCUCCCCGUUCCUGGCCCUUUAACCCGGCUAGCUUAGAUCGUAAGGAGUCUGAAAGCCCGAUUCUCACUUUCGGAAACUCGAUUAUCCUCCCUAAUCGCUACGCUCACGAGAUACGAAACAAUGACCUUCUCAGCUUCCGGGAUGGCUUGGAGAAGGAUUUCCUAACCACAGUCCCCGGCCUGGAAGCCAUGUUCACCGGAACAUUCCAUAACCAUAUAGUCUGGGACACGGCAUCCGCAUUUUCGCGUAAACUGGGUGCUCUAAUUGAGCCCUUAACUACAGAGACGGGAAUUUUCCUGCGAGAAAAUUGGUCUGAUGAUACAGAAUGGCACGCCAUCUCCUUAAACGAGACCAUGAACCUCCUCAUCGCCCAGCUGACAGCGCGCAUCUUCAUCGGCGAGGAACUUUGCCGCAACCGCGACUGGAUCCAGAAUGCCAUUAGCUACACCGCGCACCGCACAGCUGCAAUGAAGGAAUUGCAUUGGUAUGGCCGGCUCAUUCCGCUAGCACACUGGUUUCUCCCGUCCUGCAGGGCGCUCCGGGGGUGUGUGAGGGCUGGAAGACCGUUUGUUGAACGUGUUUUGGAAGCUCGUAGGACCACACAAGGUAAGGGUGAAGAUAAGAGCAUUGAUGCAUUGUCCUGGAUUGACGGUGUUGCUGGUGAGAAUGGCACCAAAUACGAUGCUACGCUCACGCAGCUCCGACUAGCGUAUGCCGCUGUGCAUACGACCAGUGACAUGAUGACGAAAGUGGUAGCGGCGCUCUGCGAACACCAGGAGCUAAUACAGCCCCUUCGCGAGGAGAUCGUCACUGUCGUAAAAGAGCAUGGGUGGAGUGAAGCCGCUUUGGCGAAGAUGGUUCUGCUUGAUAGUGUCUUGAAGGAGACGCAGAGGUUGGAGCCGCUUGCUAGCUUUACCCUCUCCCGCAUCGCCCGCGAACCCGUCGUUCUAAACGACGGCACCCGCAUCCCAAAGGGCGCACAAGUCCGUCUAACAACAGACAACAUGUGGAACUCAUCCGUGUAUCCCGAUGCCGCAAUAUUCGAUGGCUAUCGCUUCGUAAAGCUCCGUGAGCAGGAGAGGGGUGCCAAUACUGGCACUGUCGGCGGCGGUGGUGGCCUUUCGUUCGUUAGCGUAAGCGCCAAUCAUAUGGGCUUUGGAUACGGAAAGCACGCGUGCCCAGGGCGGUUCUUUGCCGGCGCGGAGACAAAGGUCGCACUGUGUCAUAUUUUGCUCAAGUAUGAUUUUGACCUAGUGGACAGAGCACUUGCUGGGGCGCAGACAGACGGGAUGAUGAUUUGGAGGGAUAAGAGGGCUAUGUUGAGGGUUAAGAGGAGGGAGGCGGAGAUAGAUAUUUAG